GCGACCGGACGGCUCGAAGGAAGGAACGUAUGCGCGCGGGACUUGACUCUGAGAGAGCGCCGAGCGAUCACCGAGUCGAGUCAAGAUGGAGCUGCUAGACGCGCCGGGACUGCACAAGUUCCACGGUUCCGAUACGUUUCUCCUGGCCGGCGAUCGUCUUCCGAGUGUUCUUCUGGCCACGUAAAAAUCCGGAACCGCCGUCGCAGAGAGAAGGAGAGGAACAUCUUCUCCGAGUCUUCGCCUCCCGACGGUUCCUGCACCGUAACUAAAAGUUCGGACGGACAUUCAGUGGAGACGCGAAACAAUUAAAGAGGAGACGAGUGUUUGCCUAAAUAGAGAAUUUUCGGAGGAGGAUGCUCGGCAGUUGGGGCUGGGAAGAAGAAUUGGAGUUGGGAGAGGGUACGACAGCAGCCCCAGAGUCGCAAGAGAGACAAAGACGAGAGAGCCCCGACUCGACGCAUCCUGUCCCCGACAGCCGGGUGCUGAGGUAUGCACCCAGCCGGUGUCACCACCCUCCCAGCCACAACUCGCCACAUUUCAGCACGCAGCCUCCUCUCGACUGUACGGACUAGCAGCGUGAGGUGGCCAAAAUGCUGACUGCUCACACUGAGAUGCACGACAAGCGAGAUAGCCUCGGCGGCGGGCAAUAUGGGACAGGCGGGGGUGGUGGCGCUUCGAUUGAGGAGAAAUCUAUUCCGAAACAACCACCCCCGCCACCCGCACCACCGCAACGAGACCCGUCGGAUCCGACUAUCAGCGCUAAGAAGCUUCCAAAGAAACGAAAGUUCGAUCCAUCCGAGCUCGAGGAGAUGGACAAGACCAGCAACAUCACCAGCAACAUCAACAACAUGGUGAACAUACGCGCGUCGGCCAUGACGCUCGGCCAGCCGACUUUGGGUCCGCAAUCGAGCUUACUAACCACCACCCGACAGUCACCGCAGCAGCAAGAGUCCGAUUGUUAUCAGGUGUCCUCAGCCCAUUCGGUAGUGGUGUUACCUCCUCAGAGCACAGCGGUGGAUUACUCUCUUCGCGAGGAACCUUUACGUUCCCGUCCUCGGCCUGCAACCAUUGUUAUUGAUCUCAGUGAGUGGCGCGACCACCGAGUGUUAGCUUUAAGGGAUUCAUGUUAUUAUCCGGGUGUGAUACGUAACGUCGGGGAUACUCACGGGGAGAUCCUCAUUGAGUUCGACGACAAGAGGAAGCAAGUGUACAGUGACGUUCUCGGGGCGGGGAGAUACGACGUGAUAGGUGACGCGAGCCCGUCCCUGGGACAGGUGACGCUGGACGCGAGGGUUUGCGUCAGGCAAACGGUCAUGCAUACGAUCGCGAACAGUCACGUGGACGCAGGCAACGUAGUGGUGGACGCGGGCCACGUGGACCCGAGCCACGUAGACGCGGCGAAGGUGUUUGUUAAGGGGACAGUGUGCAAGAUAUUAACGAAGCCUUAUCGUUUUGUUGUGAAAGUACCGCGGGAGGACGAUCAGAGUGAUAGUUACCUUGUGAAGCGUGCGGACCUGCGGCUAGUGCAGCCACUAUGGGCGGACGAGUUGGAGGAGGGGCUGGAGGAAUGCGAUCCUUCGAGGGUCGAGGCCAUUGAACACGGGUAUCGCAAUGCCGCCGCGGAAGCUCCGACAGCAGUGCCAAUUUUGCAAAUCCAUCAUACUCCUCAUCACGCAUCGCAUAUAUCGUCUCAUAACGACACGAGCUACUAUAGAACUACCGGCACCAGUCCUCUCAUGACAUGCACUCCGGCGCAUUCUGCCAGUACUGCGUUAAGUAACGGCAGCCGACCGUACGACGAUUUAGAAAGCGAGGACGACUUAGACAGGGAAGAUAUUACGUUUCCUUCGGACGCAGGUUAGACAUAUCAGGCAGCGAUGUAUAAUUCGCUUUCUUUCGUACACGAUGUAGAAGAAAAGUCACCUUUGCCUGCUUCUUUUUUUUUGCCUCCUCUCGCGAACAGAUCUCAGGCGGCAACGCCACAUAGGUAUAAAAAGGGUGACAUAGUGGUUACACCGAGCGGAAUUAGAAAGAAAUUCAACGGGAAGCAGUGGCGCAGGCUUUGUAGCUCCUCGGACGGAUGUCGCAAAGAGAGCCAACGAAGAGGCUACUGUUCCCGUCAUCUUAAUUUGAAAGGAUCCGGUCUUAGGGGCCCGACGAACACGGUUCCCGGUGGCAAGAUGGACGGCGAAGAAACAUCGAGAGACUCCGACACCUCGCCGAAUUACGGUGACCGAAGAAUAGCGGGUAGGUUCGAUCAAGACGAAACUGAAGCUGCUAACAUGCUCGUGUCUCUGGGGAGUUCGAGAUCGGCCACGCCGGCCUUCUCGUCGCCAACCGGCCAGUCCUCCAUAUCGCCGUGCAUAAACCAAUCGCCGGUGCCGCCGUUGGGCCUCAACCAGAACAACGUGUUCAUGCCCAUCUCGAGUCCGGCCCAUCACGCGACUCCCCUGAUCUCGCCCGGUGCGAAAUGGAAGCACUCGCCCACGCAGUCCAACUUCUUGGUGCAGUAUCCGCAGCAGGUGAUCAAGCCGGAGCCGAAUCGGGUGGUCCGAUCGAACAGGCCGGCUCCGACGGCGCCUGUCCCCGCCAGUAUGGGGACCAGUGUGAUAAGAAUCUCCCCGGUGACCCGCGCCAUACCCGGACAGAACCUUACCCUGCCAUGGUCGGAGCAGAGCCCGCCACCUACGAGGCAUCCCUCGGUGGUAACGUCGAUCGCCCAGCAACAGCAGGGCAUAAUCCUGCAGCACGCGCUGCAGGCCUCGGGCAACGACUUCUCCAAUCACCACGUCGAGAUGGCCGAGCAGAGUACGCAGCUGAUCAAGCCGUCGCACUCGCCGCACAUACCGCUGCCGGCACCGGCGCCGCAGAACCUGGCGCUCAUACACAAGCCGAUGGAGCAACAACCGGUCGACUACGCGCAGCCGCCGCCGCAGAGCCAGCCGAUCUACGUGAUGCACCAGCACGAAAAGAAGCAUCAGUACGUCGUGAUCAAGAACAGCAUGGACGGGCCGACGGGCGCGCACAUCGGCAAUCAGGACGACAAAUACCGGCAGAGCCUGAUCAAUCACCUUGGCCAGCUGCCGACGUCCACGUUUAACCAGGUGCCGUGCCAGCCGCCUCAGUCACCCGCCGUCUCAUCCGUCCACAUCGACAAACUGUCCGUUCUGCAGCCUGUGAAUAAAGUGGGCACGCACGCCGCCACCGUGCACAUGGACAUGCAGAGAAAUCAGCCGCCGCCUACGAGCGCUGUGAUGGCAACCACCACGGAAGCGUCCGAUCCGUCUACUCCUACCAGCGUCUUCCAGCACGUGAUCGUUCAGUCCGGACAUCUGGUGCAGAUUCCUAAAGCCCAGCCCGCCAGGGAAGAGAAUGCAAAGAACAACGGUAUCCUCUAUGGCAGCCACGAAGUUCCUCCUGCAUACCAGCCCCAUCCCCCAUCAUUACUGAACAAUGCAGUGCGCAACUGGAAAAAAGCUUUUUCCUGGCAGACGACAGUCCUGGAACAAUCAGAGGUGAGCCCUCCUCCUUCUGCUCUGAGCCCACCCCUGAGCGCACCUCCAAUUCCAAUAAGUAUGAGCACUCCCGCUGAAGAUGGCCCUGGUACUGGUUCAGAUCCCAUAAUACCCGCCGAGGAAGAGGACGAUGACGUUUUUGAAGCAGAACCAACUCCACCCGCAGAAGUGGAAGCUAACGCUAAUAAGAGACGCAGUCAGUCGCUCAGUGCUUUGCAAUCGAAAGAGCCGCAGAGUCCACUAAAGACUAAAGACAGGAUACGACGGCCCAUGAACGCAUUUAUGAUAUUCUCGAAACGGCACCGCGCCGUGGUGCAUCAGCGACACCCGAACCAGGACAACCGCACGGUGUCCAAGAUACUGGGCGAAUGGUGGUACGCGUUGGGACCAGAGGAGAAGCAAAAAUAUCACGAUCUCGCCUCGGAGGUGAAGGAGGCCCACUUCAAGGCGUAUCCGGAUUGGAAGUGGUGCAGCAAGGACCGGCGGAAGUCGUCGACGGCGAGCUUCAAGGGGAGCGAGACCAGGGCGAAGUUGAACAGCACGGGUGAGGAGACGGAUCCCCUGCAGAGCUCCUCCUUGGAGGAUCCGCUGGCGAUCGCGCCCGCCGACGAAAUGCCCGCCCCGAUCGCCAAUGCGUACAACGAAGUUCCCGUUAAUAUCGAAAUGAUGAACCAGUCGCAUACGCAACAUAGAAUCGCGGAGAUCCCGCUGCAGGUCGAAAGUGCGGACGUUGACGUUAAACAGGACGACGACGGAAACGCGUCGGACGACGAUCAGAUGGUCAUUUGCGAGGACCCGCCUCAGCCGGAGAUAGACUUGAAGUGCAAAGACAAAUUGACCGACAGCGACAACGACGUGCAGGAGGAGGACGGGGAGAAGAAGUGCUUCAACCAGUCGCAGUUCUCGCCGGUGAGCGGCCAGCAGAAGCGAGAGGCGGUCAACGUUAAACAGGAAAUAACCUGCAGGCCUAAGCCGAUAAAAGCACGGAUACCCUCAACAGGUAUAGAAUCCACAACAAAAUAUCACCAUACUUCCAUGGAUAAAGGCGGUACUGUAUCAGUUUUGUCGAGUACGUAUCCUUAUCACAGUCCUGUCAAUCCAACAGGAGUGUCGGGAUUCCAACCGACCGGCGGCGCUUUCAUAACUAUGCCAAUAUCGCCGAAAGUUAUUAAGCCGGAGCCGGUGAAGGGCGAGCAGCAGUACAGCACUCAGUACAGCGUGAACAAUCUCGUAAGCAUCCAUACUGAGAACGGACGGAACAUGCCCAAGUUCACAUCGGCUCCGGUGUUGCAAUCUAUUGGAUCGAAACCUAUGAUGGCGCUGUUGAAACAACAGCAGCCAACGUUGCAGUCGUUAGGCACUACUCUUCGUCCCCUUACUUCAACUGUCCCUUAUCAACCACCGUUCACUCUAACAUUGCUCGAUAACGAUUUGGUGGCUGUUUCCAAACCGCAGCAGGGAUCGCAGUACCUUAACCCGACACCGCCGCACUCCAGGAUGUACGGUGGAUUCCAGGUACCCAUCUCUGACGCCGGUAAUCGCAACAACAUAUCCGUGCAAAGCUUGGUCCCCAAUAACAAGAUGGAGAUCCAGAGCGUGAUCGUGAGCAAGCCCUACCCGGUCUCGACGAAUUCCACCACGUCGACUUACCGAGGGAUCGCCCAUUCCAUAGCCCGCCUCGCGGAAUCCGAGAACAGCGACAAUCAGCUGACCGCGAAUCACGCUCAGUUUUACGUCAGCAACGUCAAAACGGAGGACAGGAAGGAGACCGUGAACAUCGUUCUGCCUGCAAAUAACGACAAACACAAGCAACCGUCGACGCCUCACACGCCGCAGACGCCUCAGAGCAAUCAUGGCGGCGGUGAUCUGCCGUCGAGUAAAUCGUACUCGUUCGAUGAGAGCCAGAACAACGACAUAGGGCCGAGCAAGGGCCCCUUCAUGCUCGCUCCGACUCCGGCGCAACUCGGUCGCGCGCCACUGCAGAGGAGACAAUCGAUGGCACUGCCUCCCGCUUCAAAUGCCGGGGAUCAUGGGCCAAUGACAUCUCAGCACUGUGACAGUCGACCGCAAGCGAACGCGUCUCAGACGUCAGAGCAGACGCAACAGCAAAGUUUGGCAGAAUCUCACACUUCCCCCUCUCCAUCCACUAAGAAGGCUUCCUUCUUCAAGAAGAACGUAGAGGAUGGUAUGGACAGAGUACUCGAACAAGUGAACUUUCAAGAGAAGUUCUCGUCGUUGCCGGAAUUCAAACCGGGGGAUAUACAGAGUCCGAGUGCGAUCAGUAUAAACACUCCGGGCUCGUCUAGCCACAGCAGCGUAGCUUCCGGGUUACAUUCGUCGAAUUUGCAAACUUCGAUGCAGAUGCCAGGUUAUCGAAAAAAAUCGGCACCAGGACCUCAUAGGCCCACAAUGAAUGAGGACGAGAUCGACUCGGACACAUCGAUAUCAGCUACCCCGAAGUCCACGUCGAGCGUCAAGCUGACGGGCAACACCUUCUUCGGGCCGGAUUUCAACGUCGACGCGUACCGAGCCAACAACGAUCUGAUCGACGUAGACGCCAGUUCCCCGCGAACGCCGAAAACCCCCGGUGGCGGUGGCGGGAGCGCCGUGGGGAUCGGCAGGAGCGACAACGAGCGCGGCCAUAGGAAGAUCCUGGAGCAGCGCCGGCAUCUGGUCAUGCAGUUAUUUCAGGAACACGGUUACUUCCCAUCCACGCAGGCUACUUCCACGUUUCAAGCUAAACAUGCGGAUAUAUUUCCUACCAAGACGAGCUUGCAAUUAAAGAUCCGGGAGGUCAGGCAGAAAAUGAAGGCCAAUUCGACGCCGAUGAGCGCUAACAGCCUCGUCAGUCCAUUGCCAGUCUCCGAAUCUUCACCUGUUGUAACUGGUCCAUUGACUGCUCCUCCAACAUCGAUGGGAGCUCCACAUUCACUGCCUGUAAGCAGUAGUGGUAGCUAGCACCCACGUGCCAACUGUGAUACUAUGCAUCCCCUUACUCCACAACACGAGUACAUCAUUAUCCUUUGAAGAGGGCAAAGUGUUUUUAGAGAAAUAUCGUUAGUGCACACGACACAUCUCUUCGAAACUUUGUAAAGUACUCACAUGCGGAAAGGCUUUAGUGCAAUUUUAAUUGAGACCUGGUGCGGCUAACUUGGCGCGGACAUGCUGAGGCGUGUUGAUAUAUAAGUGUCGGCCGACUUUGUACAUAAUAUCGAGGCACGAUUUGCACGUUCGUCGACGCUUCCCCGUCGUCGGCUGCUUCCUCGGAGUGUAUGUGUGUAUCUGUGUGUGUGUAUGUGUGUAUGUGUGCGUGCACUCGCGGUUGCUCGGGUUCGUAAUCGACUGCGACGAGGAAAAUUAUUGUAAACGUCGUUUUCACGUCGGACGGAUCGCCCUGGAAUAAACCUCAUGGCGGUUUGCGUUCUCGUCGUACGUGAGCUGGAGUUCGCGCGAUCCGUGAGACGAGCUCUUUCCUCUUCGAAACGAAAAGACAAUAUACUGCGCGCUGCAUACGAGGAUCCGAGGAUGAGAUUUUGGGAGGAACGUGAGAACAAUGAGAGAAGAAGAAAAAGAAGAUGAAGGAGAAAAAAAACAUAUACGACGUUAUUUUAAUACAUCUUGAAAUCGCCAUUCGUGUUUCUCCGUGCAAUUCUCAAUCGUAUAUAAUUGAUAUUUGUACAUCAACACGUCCUGCGUGAUUCAUGAAAGGCCUAAGCCAUUGUUAAAUAUUGUUGAAAAUACUAUGAAACUCAGAGAGAGAGGAAAAGGGAGAGAGAGAGAGAGAGAGAGAGAGA